GUCGCCCACGGUAUCACCGAUUGCAGCUAUGACGACUGAGAACGAAGCGCUCUUCAAGGCAGCCCAAGACGGCAGUGUCGAUGACGUCCGUCGACUGCUUGCUGCAGGGGCCGAUGCCAGCGUCAGGUUCGGUGGUAGCCGUAUGACGCCGCUCUGUGCCGCUGCGGCCAACGGGCACGUAAGCGUUGUGGAAGUGCUUGUCCAAGCCGGUGCCGACAUUUUUCAAGGCAACGCGAAAAGCGAGCUUCCUCGGACGCUAGCGGAAAAUAAGGGGCAUGCCAAUGUUGUGGCUGCGAUCGAUCAGGCAAUUGACUGGCGCGUGCGUCUGCUCAAAGCACUCGUGGCAAACGAUGUGCCCGCGGCGCUGGCCCUCCUCGCAGAGAAUAAGGGCCCAGCGCACAUCAAGUACUGGCCGUUUGAGCUACCCGUCAACAUUUCUCUUACUGAGUAUGGGACGUACGAGCUCGGCGACGGAGCCAUUGCGCGAGGUAUCACGGCACUGCACAUUCCCGCUGCCCAUGGCGUCGACGAGCUCGUUGCUGCACUCCUGGACCGCCCGGACAUUCAAGUGGGGAAUUUCGGGGUUGGACAACACAACGUCAUGCCUUUGCACAUGGCCGCGCGCAACGGCCACGCCAAUGUCGUGUCGCGGCUGUUGGCGGCCAAAGCGCAAGUCAACUUUAUUGGCCACAACGGAUGGACGCCACUGCAUUGGGCUGCGAUGCACGGGCAUGCCAACGUCGUGUCCUUGCUCUUGGCAGCCGGCGCGGCCAUCGACUGCCAAGACGAGGCGAACGCUACACCGCUCUUCCUCGCUGCGAAAGCCGGUCAUACGAGCGUUGUACAAGCUCUAAUAGAAGCAAAUGCCGACGCGCAAUUGACCAACGAGAGCAGCGAAUCGCCGCGCUCGAUUGCAGCUACAGGGGGCCAUACGGCGGUGGUGGCGCUGCUGGAUACAGUGUUGCCACCGCCGACGCUUGCUGUGGCAGUGCCCGAGACGACGCACCCGAUGUCGGAGGCCAUCCGUGAUGGCGACGUGACCAAGGUCGCUGAGCUCUUACGCGGUGGGGCCGACCCCAACGCGCGCUACGAGCGUGGUCCAGCUCUCUCUCCGAGUCCGUCAUCAAAAGCUGGCGUCGGCAUUUCCUUUCUUCUAGUCAAUGCCAAGGCCCAUAUCAAUGACGACAGCAGUCUACUGCAUGUGGCGGCGGCCCACGGCGCAGAGGCUAUCACGGCGCUACUUCUCGCGAGCCCUGGCUUGCUCAUUGACCCGCUCGAUAGCAUGGGCAACACACCGCUGUCGCUUGCUGCCGCCCACGGCCAUGCAGCAGUCGUCCUGCAGCUUCUAAAAGCCAAGGCCAAUAUCCAGUCGGUCACGCAGGCCAAGGAAACCCCGUUGCAUGUCGCCGUCACUCGUGGCCAUGUCCCCGUCGUGGAGCUGUUGUUGGACGCCGGUGCGAGUGUCGAUGCCGAGAACAGCGACAACAAGACGCCGUGGACGCUCGCACAAGAACUCGACAACCCUGACCUUCUCACAGUAUUUCGCACCAAGAAGGGACUCUCUUCGUUGAGCAAAGCUGCGUCCGAGAUCCACGAUACGCCGGUCGAGGCCACCAACGAUUUCUUGGCAGCGGUUCAAGCUGGACACAUCCACCAGUUGCAGCAGCUGCUCGUGGCCAACCCCAACCAUAAUGUCAUCCAAGACGAGACGGGUGACAGUCUGUUGCACGUGGCUGCAAAGGGGGACCACAUCGGCAUCCUUCGAAUGUUGCUCCUUCAGACACCUGCCAUCAGCCCGCAGCUGCGCAACAAGAGCUUGGAGAGUGCGCUGCAUAUCGCAAUCAAGCGCCGGAAUCUGCACACGACCCAAGCACUCCACUAUGCUGCACGUUGGAUGACGCACUGUGUUGCUGCCAACGCUAUUGCCAUCAACCGAGAAGUCGCGCUCGGUGAAAGCAAGUGCAACAUCAUUUACCAAGGUGAGUUUAACGGUGACGCGGUCGCGGUCAAGACGGCGCUCUUUCCGUCGCAAGCACCAGGUCUUAUCUGCGAGAUCGAGGCGCUCCAGCGCUGCGACUCGCCGUAUCUCACGCGGCUUCUGGCCGUCGCCGACCACGACACAGCGUGUCCCAAACUCGUCUUCGACUAUAUGGGUGUCGGCAAUCUCCGCAUGUACCUCGACAAGAAGCGCGACGCUACCAUGCGCGACGACGAAGCGCUCGUUCAAGCCGCCAACGAUGGGUCGCUCGAAGAGCUUCAACGGCUUCUCCGUGACAAGAUCGACGUCAACGUUGUCCAAAAUGGCAGAACGUCGCUGCAUGCGGCUGCCGCCAACGGGCAUGUAGAGGUCGUUCGCGUGCUCUUGGCAGCCGAGGCCGACCCCUUUCGAACCAACGAUCACCACCAACUCCCCCGAGACGUUGCUGCCGAGCGCGGUCACUCAGCCGUCGUAACCUGCCUCAACACGGCCAUGGAGCAGCUCUCCGGUUUCUUCCAGGCUCUCUAUGAUGUCGACGAAGCGACAAUCUUGCGUCUUUUGGAGAACAACGUGCCAGUGAGCGUCCCCUACACGUCGACAUUGGCGUUGAGGCAAUCGACGCCCAGCCAUUCCGACACGGGUGACGACGACAACGAGACGACAGAUGGCAUGCUACCGCUCCAUCUCGCGAGCAUCAGCGGAUCGGAGGUAGUGGUUGCUGCACUGCUGGCGCGUCCGCGCAUCGAUGUCAACGCCGUUGGUCGACAUCCGUGGCGAAGUACAGCGCUGCAUUUGGCCGCAACAAAUGAUGGCGUCGGCAUCGUUGUCACGUUGCUUUUGGCCGCUGGUGCGGCCGUAAAUGCUGUCAACUUUGUGGGCUGUACGCCGCUGCACCAUGCGGCAUCCACAGGGAAUGUCCCCGUCGCGCAAGCGCUUUUGGAGGCGAAGGCGACCGUCGACGCGCGGGACAAGGACCAGAGCACGCCGUUGCAUGUCGGCGUGGCCCAUACCAGUAUCGUUGCCCUUCUUAUCGCGGCCAACGCUGUCGUCCACGCCCUCGACAAGGGCGAGUGCGCGCCGUUGCACUUGGCGGCGCAUCACGGCAAUGUCGGGGCGGUGCAGCAGCUUUUGGACGCCAACGCGCAAGUGGACGCCCGGCAUCAGCGCGGCUGCACACCGCUGCAUUUCGCAGCAAGCGCAGGUCACGCCCCCGUCGUGUCCUUGCUUCUCUCCAAGAACGCCAUAGUGGACGCCGUGGCAAAGUCCGACUCGACGCCAUUGCUCUUGGCUGCGAAACAUGGACAUGUCCAAGCCACGGCCUUGCUAUUAGCCGCCAAAGCUUCGGUCGACGUGUACACGCUAGACACAUGGACACCGCUUCACCACGCUGCCGCCAAUGGCCAUGCAGAGGUGGUUCAACUGCUUCUACAAGCCAAAGCGGAUGUGAAGGCAUACGACAAGCAACACUUUACGCCGUGGCACCUUGCGGUCCUACAAGGUCAUGCGAGCGUGGUCACAGUGAUGCUAGCUGCAAGCGUUCCCGUGAACCACCGGUGCCAAGAUUACACGGCCCUCCACCUCGCUGCUCAGCAGGGUCAUGCCAGUGUGAUCACGGUGCUUUUGGCGGCCAAAGCGUCUGUCCACGCCCGAGCCACGGCGCCUUCCACGCACCAACACUCCAACUCGCGACCGUUGCACCGCAUCACACCGCUGCACGUGGCCGCAAACAAGGGGCAUGGCUUGGCCGUCGCCUUGCUAUUGGCGGCCAACGCCCCUGUGAACGACCGGUCGUCGGACGGCAGCACGCCACUCUUAUACGCAGCUGCAUACGGCCACGUCGAUGUGGUCCAGCUCUUGCUCGAUGUACAAGCGGAUGUCAACAUUGCGACCGAGUUAGGCUGGACAGGCCUCCACGUGGCCGCUGCGAAUGGUCAUACCAAUGUGGUUCGCAUGCUGUUGGGAGCACAUUUCUCGGUCAACGCCAGAGGCAAACACGACGGGGUCACACCACUCUUCCUUGCCGCCGAAGCGGGCUGCGCUGACAUUGUUCAGCUUUUGUUGGACGCGUCGGCAAACCCGACGCUCGCCACCAAGAACGGCGACACACCGCGAUCGGUCGCCAAGGCCAACGGGUACACGGCAGUGGUGGAGGCACUGGACGCCUACGUGAACCCCGCGCCUGUGAACGAGGUCCUUUUGUAA